AUGGCCAUCAAAGCAACAACCGGCCCGGUCGAUUCUUCGACCGUUACUGCAGCCUUGACCUCCGCAACAACUGCAACUCCAUCUCCCGUCCCGCUUCCACGACGGACCCGCGAGAACCCGGAGUCGGAAUCGGAAAUAUUGCCACCACUCGAUGAGGCCGUCACGAGCGGUGGUCACAGUUUCGCGAAGCCCAAACUCCGGCUCGAAAUACGGGAUCUCGACCAUCCCGGUGCGGCCAAGUUUCUCAGCGCUGUCAACUCGGCCACGGUGCUCUCCACCGCCGUAAACAAUGUCCUUCGUCUAUUAUAUAGGUCGCCCUCUGACAAGCAUACCACGGUCCCGCCGACCCGGUCCGUCACGCUCAUCCUUCGCGAUAUGGGCGGGGUGGCCUACACUACGGGGAUCGACCUAGAUAGCGACCACAAAGAGAUUCACUUCUCGCUCAGCUACAUCAACUCCAUCUCACCCCCCUCGCGCCUCACCCAUGAGAUAACGGGCGUACUGACCCACGAAUUGGUACACUGCUACCAGUGGGACGCACACGGCAGCUGCCCGGGAGGGUUAAUCGAGGGCGUGGCCGACUGGGUGCGGCUGAACUGCGAUCUGAGCCCUCCGCACUGGAAGAAGGAGACAGGUGGUGACUGGGACCGUGGCUACCAGCACACGGCCUAUUUUCUCGCCUACCUCGAGCAUCGCUUUGGCAAAGAUACUGUGCGUCGACUCAACGAGAAGCUGCGGCAGCACCGGUACGCAGUGGAGACCUUUUGGCCGGAGCUACUGGGCCAGUCGGUUGAAGAGCUGUAUGGAGAGUAUGUAGAGUAUGAGAAGAACAAGGGGGAAGUUGAUGAUCACGAAUAG